AUGAUGGCGCUGGUUCUUUACGUGUUUCUAGCGUCUGUGUUUCUGCGGCCGAGUCUGUGUUAUCUCACGGAGAAGGAGAUUUUGCAAAGACUGGAGACGAACAUGACCAGUCCAAGCGUGUAUAAUACCCGGCUGACACAGCAUCUCAUCGCACGGUACCAGGUCGACCAUCGCCUGCAGUGCUCUCAGCUCUGCUAUCUAACCAGAGACUGUCAGUCCUACAACUAUUACGAGGAUGAAGGCGUCUGUGAGCUGAACGAUCUUAUCUACAUCCAAGGACUCGUCAGAUUUUCCUUCACAACCGGACAAGACCCCGGGUGGGACUACUACGAUCGCCAUUCGUUCUACAUGAUCAGGGCGUGGUGGUAUGAAUGUCCCGGGUACAACCCGUGCCAGAACGGAGGAGUGUGCACCCGGAAGGUCCUGGGCGGUUCGGGGGGAGAGAGACCGCCGUGCGCCCCGCUCUGCGUCUGUCCCGUGGGCUACUCCGGACCUCACUGCAGCAUUCAAGACUGUCAGGUAGGCAGGGGAGCGUCCUUCCGAGGAAAAGUCCCCGUCACGAACACAGGCAGGAUCUGUCAGCGCUGGGACAGCCAGAUGCCACAUGGACACGGGAAAACUCCUUCGGGCUAUUCGUCAUCCGGACUUGAGCGGAACUACUGCCGGAAUCCGGACGGCGGGAACGGAGUUUGGUGCUACACCAUGGAUCCGGACAGGAGAUGGGAGCUGUGUGACGUGCCGCAAUGUUAG